AUGAAAUACGCCAUUGUCCUGUUCGCCCUCUUCGCUGUGGCCCUGGCUGCUCCUUCUGAUGAUGUCGUCCUGAAACAAGAAUUCGAUAAUAUUGGAGUCGAGGGCUUUAAUUAUGCUUUCGAGACCAGCAAUGGUAUUGCUGCUCAGGAGCAGGGUCAGCUGAAGAACGCUGGCACGGAACUGGAGGCCCUCGCCGUCAAGGGUUCCUACUCCUUCGUGUCCGAUGAUGGUCAGACCUACACCGUCAACUACAUCGCCGAUGAGAACGGAUUCCAGCCCCAGGGUGCCCAUCUGCCCGUUGCCCCCACCGCUUAG